CAAGCGCAGCCUCGUUCCUGCAACCUCUUCCCCGCCGCCCGCAGCCUCCACCCCGCCGCCGCCACCACCACCACCACCACCACCACCACCACCGCUGCUACCGCCGCCGCCCCCGGGGCAUGGCCUGUCUGAUGGCCGCUUUUUCGGUCGGCACCGCCAUGAAUGCCAGCAGCUACUCUGCAGCGAUGACGGAGCCCAAGUCCGUGUGCGUGUCGGUGGACGAGGUCGUGUCCAGCAACGUGGACGAUGUCGAGACAGAUCUGCUAAACGGUCAUCUGAAGAAAGUGGACAACAACUUCACAGAGGCCCAGCGCUUCUCCUCCUUGCCUCGGAGGGCGGCUGUCAACAUCGAAUUCAAGGACCUUUCCUACUCCGUUCCCGAGGGACCCUGGUGGAGGAAGAAAGGAUACAAGACCCUUUUGAAAGGGAUCUCUGGGAAAUUCAACAGUGGAGAGCUGGUGGCCAUCAUGGGUCCUUCUGGAGCUGGGAAGUCCACGCUCAUGAACAUUCUGGCGGGAUACAGGGAGACCGGCAUGAAGGGGGCAGUCCUCAUUAAUGGCAUGCCCCGGGACUUGCGCUGCUUCCGGAAGGUCUCGUGCUACAUCAUGCAGGAUGACAUGCUGCUGCCUCACCUCACCGUUCAGGAGGCCAUGAUGGUGUCUGCACAUCUGAAGCUGCAGGAGAAGGAUGAAGGCAGACGGGAGAUGGUCAAAGAGAUCUUGACGGCGCUGGGGUUGCUGCCCUGUGCCAAUACACGGACGGGGAGCCUAUCAGGAGGCCAGCGAAAGCGCCUGGCCAUUGCUCUGGAGCUGGUCAAUAACCCUCCUGUCAUGUUCUUCGAUGAGCCCACAAGUGGCCUGGACAGUGCCUCCUGCUUCCAGGUGGUGUCACUGAUGAAAGGCCUGGCCCAGGGUGGCCGAUCCAUCGUCUGCACCAUCCACCAGCCCAGCGCCAAGCUCUUUGAGCUCUUUGACCAGCUUUACGUCCUGAGUCAAGGACAGUGCGUGUACCGGGGAAAGGUCUCGAAUCUCGUGCCGUAUUUGAGGGAUUUGGGUCUGAACUGCCCUACCUACCACAACCCUGCAGACUUUGUCAUGGAAGUGGCGUCAGGCGAGUACGGUGACCAGAACAGCCGCCUGGUGAGAGCUGUGCGGGAGGGCAUGUGUGACUCGGACUAUAAGAGAGAUCUCGGAGGCGACACGGACGUGAACCCAUUUCUUUGGCACCGGCCUGCUGAGGAGGAUUCCGCCUCCAUGGAAGGCUGUCACAGCUUCUCAGCCAGCUGCCUCACCCAAUUCUGCAUCCUCUUCAAGAGGACCUUCCUCAGCAUCAUGCGGGACUCGGUCCUGACACACCUGCGAAUCACCUCACACAUCGGGAUUGGCCUCCUCAUUGGCCUGCUGUAUCUGGGGAUUGGGAACGAAGCCAAGAAGGUCCUGAGCAACUCCGGCUUCCUGUUCUUCUCCAUGCUCUUCCUCAUGUUUGCCGCCCUCAUGCCCACUGUUCUGACCUUUCCCCUGGAGAUGAGUGUCUUCCUCCGAGAGCACCUGAACUACUGGUACAGCCUGAAGGCCUACUACCUGGCCAAGACCAUGGCUGAUGUCCCUUUCCAGAUCAUGUUUCCGGUGGCCUACUGCAGCAUCGUGUACUGGAUGACGUCACAGCCGUCAGACGCAGUGCGCUUUGUGCUGUUCGCUGCCCUUGGCACCAUGACCUCACUGGUGGCCCAGUCUUUAGGCCUGCUGAUUGGAGCUGCCUCCACAUCUCUGCAGGUCGCCACGUUCGUGGGUCCCGUGACUGCCAUCCCCGUCCUGCUCUUCUCAGGAUUCUUCGUCAGUUUUGACACAAUCCCAGCCUACUUGCAGUGGAUGUCCUAUAUCUCCUACGUCAGAUAUGGCUUCGAGGGGGUCAUCCUCUCUAUCUAUGGCUUGGACCGGGAGGACCUGCACUGCGACAUUGCUGAGACCUGCCACUUCCAGAAGUCAGAGGCCAUCCUGCGGGAGCUGGAUGUGGAGAACGCCAAACUGUACCUGGACUUCAUCGUCUUAGGGAUCUUCUUCGUCUCCCUGCGGCUCAUUGCCUAUUUUGUCCUGAGAUACAAAAUCCGGGCUGAGAGGUAAAACACCUGCAGGCCGGCAAGGAGGCAAAGCAGACAUUGUGACCAAGGGCACUGCUGGGAGGCAGCGGUGUGCCUGCUUCUGGUGACACAGACUCUCCCAACCCAACCUGGAGGCCACGCAGGUUGAUGGCGACCAGUGCUCAGCGCCUCUGCCCGCCGGGUUGGAACUGUUCGUUUCCUUUUCUAGCUUUAACUAGGAAGAUGUAGGAUGGUUGGGAUUUUUUUUUAUAUGCAGGAUUUAAAACACAACUGAUACAGAAUGUCAUCCUGUGAUCCAGCUGGGGACAAGAGGCUUCCUCAGUAGGUUCCUGCUGGAGUCCAGGACACCUUGGCCCUGGAGGAGGAGUGCUGGCCACAUUGGUCCCCAGAGAGGUGGAUAUCUUGUGGGGGAAAAGUCCACAGAUGGUGGACUCUACUUGAUGGCUGUCGUUUCUUCUUUUCUAAAGUUCGUCUCCUUUCUGAUGAAGUCACUUUCCGAGCCAAAGUCGAUAAAUUUCAUUCAUUUUGAGAGACUGUACCUUUUCCAGUGCUUCUCCAGGACUGGUUCAGGGUAGGAAAGGUGUGUUUUGCUUAGAAAUAGAGGAGUCCCACCUAGCCACCAAGUGAGGCUCACAGCCACAACCACUGAAGGUCAAACGUGGGCUCCAGGCGAGGGAGACCCCCCCGACACCAGCUGUGCUGGGCCAGCAGGGACGAAGAGCCAUGCCAGCAGUAUGGAGCGGGAUGUUGGCAGGCUCUUUCCAGACCUUUCUUUUUCACAUGCUUCUAUUUUAAGCAAAAUAGUUGAUUUCUUCUAUAGUUUUCUGGCCACUUUCAUUUUGCCCAAGAAGUACAUAGAUCGACCUUGUCGGUUUUUAAAGAACAGUUUCCCCUUUCUUCACGAAUCACGUUAACUACCUCCACUGAGCCUGGGAAGCCGGCCUGGGGACACAUUGGGUGUGGCCCUUGAAAUACGAGGGCACGCGCAGUGAGGGUGUCAGUGAGGGGCAGGCCGGCUAAGUGGAAGGGGAGGUGCCGUGGAUGUCCCCUUUAGGACACGCAGCUGCUUGCUUCUGGAGCACCGCCGUCCUACGAUGGAGUCUCCUGCAAAAGCCUAUAUUUUGUGGGUAGGCCCAUUUACCCCGUGAGCCUUGGUUUCCACACCUGUAAGUAAUUGCACUAGGUCGUGUUCUGACAGGUCCUGAGAUGCCUCGGUUGUGGCCUUGAAGCUUUCUUAUCUUCCUCUUAGAGAAUGAUAAGGGUCCGAAUUUUACUUAAACGCAUGGAUGUGCUUUGAAAAUAUUUAGAGAUUCUUUUUUAUUUUUUUCACUCCUAGAUCUUUUAUAGAGAAGACAAAUGAAAUGCAUAUUACAAUGUAAUUUUCAGUUUGCUCGUUCUAUACAAACAUGGCACUGCCUUCUAGAUUCAGCUUUUAACCAGGGACACAAUUCGCCUUUAUAAAAUGUCUUCAUUAAAAAAAAAAAAGUCUUGAUUUAAUUUCAAGAUGUUUGGGGGGCAUUGCACUGACUCCAGAGGGGAACUGCGGGGGGCACUGCAUUGACUCCAGAGGGGAACUGCGGGCUGUCAGCUGGCGAAGUGCAAGUUUAAAGGAACGGGAGUCGGGUGGUCACUUCGAAGUCAGUGCCAAGGAACCCAAUCCUCCCCUGUCUCCACCGACGGUUCAGUGUAAUGGCCCAUGUUUGGCAAGAUGUGCCAGGGGCUGGGUUCCUGCACUGAGACUGCUCUGCUGUCAAUCAAAGAGGCGGAGUGGUCCAUGUCUCAUGUCUGGAAGAGUGUCUCGCCCUCUGGAAGAGUUCUUGCGUGUCCAGAUUUCUCCUUGCCACUGUGAGCGGCUUGUCACUACCCCUAAGUCAGUGAGGGUAUGUUGGGGUCCCUUCAUAGAGCAGAGUCUGAGCUGAUGCUACAAGAGCUGGUUCACUGAUGAUGGGCAGGGUGAUGAGGGUAGUUGCUAAAGAAUGUUGACCAGAAUGGGCAAGAGGUCAGAAGUCACCCCACAGGACAGCAUUGCUCACUUGUUCUGCAGACUUGAAGAAGGCUGACAGCCAUUCUAGGGGAAGCUACAUCCUUGUCCCUCAUCCAGUGUCCACAGGCGCCCUGAUGUGUGCCUUCUGCUUCUCCAUAUUGUGUUCCUCCAUCACUCCCUCACUUAUCUGCUUUCCCCGUGUUGUUUCAAGCCCUCAGGCAGGGCAGGGACCUUCCUCAGGCCUUGCCCCAGUGGGCAGCUGCUUCACUCUCCUUAUCCAGGUAGGACUGAGGCGGGGAGGUGCUGGCACGAUGCUGAGGGGCAUCAGAGUCCGUGUCACACACCAGAGUCCACGCUGUCUGGCUUUCCCAGCUGUCAUUAUUCCAGCGGUGCAACAGUCGGGAAGUGCAGCACCUUUGCAGUGGCUGUCCCCUCAGCCAUUCUACCGCUAAGAGAAGGCCAAGACGAGAGGCCGGUCUGCUCUUUGUCUGAGGGACUCACAUCCAAGUGCCCGUGAUGAAUUGUUCUAGCCCGCCCAGGGGCUGACCUCGCCUGUGUCUUAGUGGCAAUAGACCUGUUCUUUCCUGUCUGAGCUUCCCAAGGCAACACUAGUGGGCCACUUCAGGUCAAAGAGACUGGCAUCCACGCGCUUCGGCUUGCGUGUCGAUGCAUGAGUUUGCACAUACACGCAUGUGCACACAUGCAGGCCUGCCCCCACACAUAGUGUUAUUCUAUGGCUCUCCCUGCGUGUCAGUAACACACCAGCCUCCAGGUCCUUCCCCAUCACGUUACUGCAUGGAGGAAAGACAAAAUUCAUCCAUGCCUGUGGCACAGAGGAAUGUCCCGUGGGAAAUCCACCGAGAUUGCUGAGAAACACCAGCUGAAUGAGAAUGCCACGGAAAGGCAAGCAGAACCCAGCAAGGGAGCUCGAGGAGUGGACUGUGUCAAUAUAAAGUUAGAUACUUGGAAGAAAUAA